UUUGUCGCGUUGCAUGUUGGUUCUUGUAGUCCGUUUCCGAUCUUCCUCUGUCGUCGCUGCAGAGCUCCACUGCUCCGCCACUAUGAUGUCUUCAGGCAGCACAGUCUUACAUAAUGCGGAAUCUGGAAACGGAGGAAACAAGAGGAUGCCGUGUUCGUUACACGGCUGUAAGCGGGUGUACUCAGACUCUGCCGCUCUGGAAAGCCACAUCAAGGACCAUGACAUCUCAGCCCAGUCUCUUCCAGGAAAGGUCCUGCUGUGCUCCACUGUCGGAUGCAGUGGUUCCUUCCCCAACAUGCAGAAACUGAUGGAACAUAUGAGGCAUCACCACAAACCCAACAUAUUCUUCCUGUGUGAGAGUUGUCGCACAAAGUUGCGAUCUUACCGUGGCCUCCUGACUCACCUGCACACCUGUUCCAAAGUGACACGGGGCAAAACGAAGUCGACUGAAGCGAUGGCCUCUCCGCCUGCACCCAAUCCAAUGGACGUGGACCAGAAACCCCCGUGGCUGGUCUCAGCGUCUGCACUCUCAGAAAUCCCAAACCCAGACGGUCCCUUCCCUGCUGCUGUUCUUAAGCCAGACCCUGCUGGCACCCCACUCCCCCCCUUUGUGUCUAACCCGGAGAUCUUCCCUCCCCAUCUCGCUCCUCCGCUGCUCACAGAGGCAGCUCCCCAGCCUCAGAUCAAGAGCGAAGCCUCCGAUGUGCUGCUAUCUUUAAACCCUGAUGCCCAGAGUCAGCACCUGACACAGACCAGGCCUCCUGAGCCAGGCUCAGCUCCUCGCUCUCCUCCAGGGUCCUCAGCUGUCUGGAGGAAGAAUACAGGUAUGGCCUGCAGCAGACGCAUCCUUUGGGAGCACACUAAAGGGCACUACUUAUGUGUGCAGUGUGGCCACACGGUAACCAGCCGUAAGGAGAUGACUCAACACAUCAACACCAAACACAGCGGAAACAAACCUGUGGAAGACUCCGGGAGCUCUGCCACCAACACGUAGUGUGGAAGCAAAUGUUGUCUUCUUGUUGUCCUCAAGAACUGCUCUUCUGUUGGAGUUUCUGUCAAGGGUUUAAGUAUAAUACAGCUGUUAUUUAAUAAGUCUGCAGCAGUGAGUUAUGAACUCAUUAUUUGGUACUGAUCUUAAUUCAAUAAUUAAUUUCCACAAAGAAUACAUUUUUUAAAUGAUUUUUUUGUCUCAUUGAUUAUUAAAUACCAGCGAUGGUUCAUUAUUAAAGUUAUUUUGAUGCCA